CCCGGUCCUCCACACAUCUAUCUGCGGCGGACCGCACCUCCCGGUCCUCCACACAUCUAUCUGCGGCGGACCGCACCUCCCGGUCCUCCACACAUCUAUCUGCGGCGGACCGCACCUCCCGGUCCUCCACACAUCUAUCUGCGGCGGACCGCACCUCCCGGUCCUCCACACAUCUAUCUGCGGCGGACCGCACCUCCCGGUCCUCCACACAUCUAUCUGCGGCGGACCGCACCUCCCGGUCCUCCACACAUCUAUCUGCGGCGGACCGCACCUCCCGGUCCUCCACACAUCUAUCUGCGGCGGACCGCACCUCCCGGUCCUCCACACAUCCAUCUGCGGCGGACCGCACCUCCCGGUCCGUGCCCACCA